AUGUCGACCAAAUUAGAUCUGUUGAUCACUUUGGUGGAUAAUUUGGAUGCAAGAUCGACUCAAUUGUUGAAUUCGAUUCAAGAAACUAACUAUUUGGUCACCGAUAUUAUGAGCUUGAAUAAUGAUAUUUCUAAGGCAGAUAAGACGAUAGAUUUAAUGGAUGAUUUAGUAUCAAGUAAUUACACAUAUUUGAGUGAAUUUGAAAAUUUGUAUGAAAGGUCCUUUUUGUUAGAAUCCAACAUGCAUUUGAACGAUGUUGUGACUAGUGAAACCACGUUAGAUAACUUGCGGCAAGAAUAUCGAUUUCUCGUGAACAGGUUCACAAGAAACGAUGAUUUUGUUUCUGAUCAUGAAACUCCGACGCAGGUGUCGGAAGAAGAGGCUACUGUAUCCACACAUUUCCAAACUCCCCCAAGGCUCCACAACUCGAUUUCGGUAUCGAACUUAAAAUUAAAGCCAAUACGAUGUAGAUCAAAAAGAAUGCCUACAAAGAAGGCAAGCAUGAGAGUUUUGAGUACAUCAACGGUAAAACUGGUAGAAAAAAGUGAAAUGUUACUGCUUAUACCAGACGAGGAUGAAAUAACUACACCAGUCUCUAACAUAGGAAAGAGACUGUCUACUCAUGAUUUGUUCAAUGCUCCGCUCCCUAAAAAAGUUGCAUUAUCAAAUAAUGAAGCCACGAUAACUGACAUCACUCAAUCUCCUCCUAGUAAAAUCAUGGACACUUUCAAAGACUACGGUAAUGAUGACUCAAACACAAUAUCCACAUCUCCAGAUUUGUUUGGUGAAUUACAUUCAAGAAUAAAGGUACGAUCCAACUCAUUGCCUGAAACUCCCAAAUUAGAGAAGUUUGAAUUAAACAGUUUUAACAUUCUUAAAUCUCAUACAUCAAACACUAAUUCGUCAAAUAUAUUUCAAGAUUGUAACAACGACAGUGAACUUUUAAGAUUAAAUAGAUUAAAGCAUUUCAUAUCUUCUGGUAAUGUUCAACGGCAUGUUUACAUGAAUCGAUGUGAAACAUCGCUUUCCAACCCCUUCCAACAGCAUAACAAUCAGUCUACUUUUGAGAAGACUCCAACCUUUACCCCUGUUGACAUGGAAAAUAAUAAUAUAGACCAAUUUGAUAUCGAGAGCAUAUCCGUGUGCUCAGAUUUUUCUGAGUAUCCCCCUGAAGAGCCAACUGAGGAAUUGGAUAAUUUUGAAAGUUUCUUACGAAAAUCAAGGAUUGAUUUAUCUCAAUCUUUUCCUAAUAUAAUUACAAAAGCAAAAUCACACGAUAGUGUCUUCACGAAUGAAGAAUUAGUAUCCUUGGCGGCUUCUGUUCCAUCGAAACUGUUCAAAUUUCACAAUCCAGUAGAAAACGUGAAUUUAAAUUCCCUGAAAGUUGCAACAACAACAGUAGAACCAAUUUAUUAUCAUGGAGGUGAUCAAAUAUCUCAUUCUAGUAGAGAUAAAAAUAAUAAAGGAAAUACGACUAAAUUAUUGAAUGAUGUCAUGUCGAAAACUGAUCGAAAAGAAGCCUCAACUACUAAAACACCUAAUAGAAUAAAAAAGUCAUUAUUCAAUUUUAAUAUUCCUUCACCAUCUAAGUCAAUACAAGGGGAAUCAUUACCGGAUUCUAACGUACGCCGUGGUAGUUUUGAUUUAGUAAGUAAGUCUUUAACGGAUAGUUUCAUGAAUUUUGUUAAUACAGGAGCCCUCGAAAAGUUAAAAAAAUAUGAACCACAUUCUAGUUCAAGCGACUGCAAAUCAAAGUCUAUAAAUGUUUUUGAACAAACUAAUAACGCUAAGGAGAGACCUAUCGUAAUUAGAAAUGAUACCCUGAUUAAAAGAUUGCCCCCAAGAAGGAAGGAUGGGGCACAUUCAAAUUUAAUUAUCGGACCCAAUAGAACCAAAAUAGUUAAUCAUGGAGACCAGUCUAUUUUUAAGAAACCUUUGAUGACAAAAGUUAGUCGUAAUUCGUUAAAUGAAGCUUUAAGUCAAAGUAUAUUAUAA